AUGUGUUCCGAGACGGACUUUUGUAGGGCGCCCAGCUUAGCAGAGACCCGGAUAAACCACCAAUCCCUAGAGCACCGCUCAGAGCCCUGUUGGUCUGCGGUCUUCAACAUUGGUCAAAAAGAGCCUCACGUGCUUUCCUGGUAUCUCAGCAGCAACAAGAAGACGCCAAGUCCCUCCGACAAGCAGACACUUCCUAGGACACCACCAAUCAAGCCUUUUCCAGGAGCCGUCCUUUCCGUGAAUACGAACUCGGUGUGGCAGCGCGAACCAAGUCCGGCGCGAGAAAUCCAGGCAACAGACGAUUGCCGGCUGCGGUUAUCAGAGAAAGCCUUACAAGGCAGAACUAAACCUCAAUACAACACCGUCACUUGCUCGUUCAUAGCGAUGGCUGACUUUGGGCCGGUCCCCAACUGCGAGGGACCGCGACUCCAUCCCUACAACCCCAAUGGCACGCCUGAGAUCGAAUCCAUAGACGAGAUCGGCAAAGGUGCCCACGCUCACGUUUUCAAGGUCGAAAUCGAUGGCAAGACCUUUGCUCUCAAGGUCUUCAUGAAUCAGCUCGUUGAUGCUGAUUGGGUUACACCUCAUACCGAAGAAUUCGACAACGUGGACACCGAGCUCCUGACCGCGCAGUGGCACCCUUUCAACGCUGAAUGUCGCGCUUAUGCCCGCUUAAAGGAAGCUGGGAAGGAGAAUCUUGUCAGGAAGCUCGACGAUCGUUUCGGGAUCCAGACCUGGUGGAGUGAUGACUACGAGAUCGAACCGUCGGACCCAGAAUAUGAUCAAGGACCACUACGGGCCAUAAUCAAGGACUUUAUCCAGAGCAACCAGCCAUUCGGGCCCAAGGACACACCUAAGAUGAUAAGGGACCUCAAACAACUUCAUCGUUGUGGCAUAGUGGUCCAUGAUCUGAAGGAGGACGCGUAUCUAGGCGGCAAGUUGGUCGACUUUAGCAAAGCUAUCACCGUGCCGCACAUGAUGUUUGACACGCUAUUGGGAACAGAUCUGGACUACACAGCCAGAUACGAGGUACUUUCUGACCUGUCUCUUCUCAACGGGAUGUUCAAUGACUGGAACGAGGGCCACGAGGACGGCCCGAGCAUCGUCUGCAGGCCUUUGCCCGACAGCAAGGCCUGCGAGAGACUGAGGUCAGGCAAGAAGAGUACGAGAGACGUAAUGAAUACCUGCCUCAACCCUCGAGAGAUAGACUGGCGAAAGUUCAGGCGACGAUCUAGGAGCGCUGUUCCCACAAACGCAAGAACGGCAGUCAGCAAGUUCACUGGCAGGGAAUCACACGAAGUGACCAAGAGACUUUCGAGGCGGAAUGUUUCUCAGGUCAGGAGGGGCAAAAGCCUGAAGUAA